AUGAUUGAUCUUAUAUCAGGAGGUAAAUCCCCCCGUCAGGUAGAGUCCAGCUACAUCCACCCUCCCUCCCCCUCAGGGAGAGUCCAGCUACUUCCACCCUCCCUCCUCCUCAGGGAGAGGCCAGCUACAUCCACCCUCCCUCCCCCUCAGGGAGAGGCCAGCUACAUCCACCCUCCCUCCUCAGGGAGAGGCCAGCUACAUCCACCCUCCCUCCUCCUCAGGGAGAGGCCAGCUACAUCCACCCUCCCUCCUCAGGGAGAGGCCAGCUACAUCCACCCUCCCUCCUCAGGGAGAGGCCAGCUACAUCCACCCUCCCUCCUCCUCAGGGAGAGGCCAGCUACAUCCACCCUCCCCUCCUCAGGGAGAGUCCAGCUACAUCCACCCUCCCUCCCCCUCAGGGAGAGGCCAGCUACAUCCACCCUCCCUCCUCAGGGAGAGGCCAGCUACAUCCACCCUCCCUCCUCAGGGAGAGGCCAGCUACAUCCACCCUCCCUCCUCCUCAGGGAGAGGCCAGCUACAUCCACCCUCCCUCCUCAGGGAGAGGCCAUCUACAUCCACCCUCCCUCCUCCUCAGGGAGAGGCCAGCUACAUCCACCCUCCCUCCUCCUCAGGGAGAGGCCAGCUACAUCCACCCUCCCUCCCCCUCAGGGAGAGUCCAGCUACAUCCACCCUCCCUCCCCCUCAGGGAGAGGCCAGCUACAUCCACCCUCCCUCCUCAGGGAGAGGCCAGCUACAUCCACCCUCCCUCCUCAGGGAGAGGCCAGCUACAUCCACCCUCCCUCCUCCUCAGGGAGAGGCCAGCUACAUCCACCCUCCCUCCUCAGGGAGAGGCCAUCUACAUCCACCCUCCCUCCUCCUCAGGGAGAGGCCAGCUACAUCCACCCUCCCUCCUCCUCAGGGAAAGGCCAGCUACAUCCACCCUCCCUCCCCCUCAGGGAGAGUCCAGCUACAUCCACCCUCCCUCCCCCUCAGGGAGAGGCCAGCUACAUCCACCCUCCCUCCUCAGGGAGAGGCCAGCUACAUCCACCCUCCCUCCUCAGGGAGAGGCCAGCUACAUCCACCCUCCCUCCUCCUCAGGGAGAGGCCAGCUACAUCCACCCUCCCUCCUCAGGGAGAGGCCAUCUACAUCCACCCUCCCUCCUCCUCAGGGAGAGGCCAGCUACAUCCACCCUCCCUCCUCCUCAGGGAGAGGCCAGCUACAUCCACCCUCCCUCCCCCUCAGGGAGAGGCCAUCUACAUCCACCCCCCCCCCCCCCCAGAGAGAGGCCAGCUACAUCUAUCCCCCCUAACCCUCCCUCCUCCUCAGGGAGAGGCCAGAUACACCCCCCCUCCCCCUUCCUCAGGGAGAGGCCAGCUACAUAG